AUGGCGGCGGCGGGCCCGAGUACGCGCGGCUGUGCGGCGGCGGCGGCGCUGGCGCGGCGGCGCCGGCGCGGCCGCUGGGACGAGGCGGCGGCGGCCCCGAGCGGGGCGUCGCCGCGGCCCGAGGAGCCGGGCUGCGCCGGCUGCCGCGGGAGCCCGCGGGGCGCGGCGGCCCUGCCGUGCGGCCACUCGCUGUGCCGGGGCUGCGCCCAGCGCGCCGCCGCGGGCCCGGGCUGCCCGCGCUGCCGCCGUCGGGCCCGCCGCGACGGCCAGGCCGAGGCGCGGGCCGAGCGCGCCGCCGCCGCCGCGGGGCCCGGGCCGGAGCAGGAGCCGCGCGCCGAGCCCGCCGAGCCAGAGUUUAUAUUCAGAGCACCAAUCAAAUUAAGCAAGCCUGGGGAACUCCGUGAAGAAUACGAAAGCCUGAGAAAGCUGAGAGAAGAAAAGUUACAAGAGGAGAAAACCUCUGACGAUCAAAUCCACAAGCUGUUACCAGAGGACACAGAAACAGGGAAAAGGAAAAUGGAGGAACAGAAGAAAAGGGAGGAGCCAUUAGCACUGAAAACGAACUUGGAGCAUUGUCCUGCGCGUCUCUCAGAUUCAGAGAACGAAGAACCUUCCCGAGGCAAGAUGACACAGACACAUCGCUCUGCGUUUGUUUCCAAGAACAACUCCUACUCCUUAGCUUUCCUGGCAGGGAACCUUAAUUCCAAGGUGGAGAGGAGCCAGAGCUGCAGUGAUACGGCUCAGGACAGAGCCAAGAGCAGGCUCCGAGGCGCCCCCACCAGGAAGGCCAAGGGCGCGUCUCUGACGUUGGCCUCCACCCCCAUCAUCGGCGUCCUCCUGUCCACCCAGAACAGCCGCUGCCUGUCGGCGCCCGACCUGGCCCUGGAGAAGCGCCUGCCCUUCAGCUCGCUCUCGUCCGUGGCGGCCCUGCACAAGCCCGAGCGCUCCAUCAGCCCCGAGAGCAACGACAGCAUCUCGGAGGAGCUGAACCACUUCAAGCCGAUCGUCUGCUCGCCCUGCACCCCGCCCAAGCGGCUCCCGGACGGGCGCGUGCUCAGCCCGCUCAUCAUCAAAUCCACGCCGCGCAACCUCAGCCGGAGCCUGCAGAAGCAGACGUCCUACGAGGCCAGCCCGCGCAUCCUCAAGAAGUGGGAGCAGAUCUUCCAGGAGCGGCAGAUCAAGAAGACCCUUUGCAAAGCCACCCUCACGUCCCUGGCGCCCGAGCCCCCGGCAGAGGACGUCGUCCUGGGCCCGGGCCUCGCUCCAGCGGUCAACGCCGAGAAGCCCCCGCUGGCCCUCCCGGCCAGGCUGCCCGGCAGGCAGGCCCUACCCGAAGGCGACCCGAACCCGCGCCCCCCGGCGCCCCUGGGGACGCCGGCGCCGGAGCGAGCCACCCCCGAGGCCCACUUCCACAAGACCUGCCCCAGCACGGCCAGGAAAGUCCUGGCGGCCAGCGCCGGGCCCCCCAGCGGCGGCGGAGGCGUCGGGACCCCGAGAACCAGGAAGCAGCCGGCGCCGCCCCUCGACCUGCCCAACGGGCUGGGGGCCGCCGAGCCACCGCGCCGGGGCCGCAAGCGGCGCGCCAAGGCCAAGCCCGAGGAGCAGAACGGGCCCCUGAAACGCCCACGCGGCCGCCGGGGACAGCGGCUGCAGCAGGAGGAGGAGGACCGGCGCCUGGCCCUGCGCCUGCAGCGCCUCUUCGACAGCCAGAGGCGGACCGUGAGUCGCCGCAAAGGCAGCGGCGACCAGUACCUCCUGCGUUCCAGCGUGGCCGGGGCCAAGUAGCGCCCCACCUGCUUCUUUGGAGUGUUGUUGCCCUUUGGAAAAAGACGGACCUUGGGCUUGAUCAUUUCCCCUGAAAAGCCACGUCUUCGCACUUCGGGUUUCUUUUCAUGGCAAGGAAGCACUCACAGGGUUCUGAGGGCCCCCCGGGGCUCUAGCCCAGGGAACCCCAGGGGACAGAAGCACUUCCUCCCCUCCCCCACUCCCUCCGGAGUCCCACCAGACAGCACCCGCCUGGGAUGAGACUCGCCAGCCCAGAGGUCAGAGCUAGAAGCAUAGAGGAAAGCGGGGUUGCCUUCCCAACCGGAUCAGGCCUCCCGACUUCUUCCAGCAGGGAUCGGCCUUGCAGAUUAAAAAAAAAGCAAAAGUCCCUCUUCAAAGAAGCUGACGGGUGUAAUUCUUGAGCAGACCCAGAAUGACAGGUUGUUAUGUUUCCCCCUUCCUCCCCCUUGCCACAAACAGGUACACCUAGCCAACUCCCAUUCCCGUUUGGAAACAGCGCUGGUUAGUGAGAGUUCCCAGGGCAGUCUUGGUCUUCCCAAGAGACUUGUCCUGUCGGUGUGUGAGCCCCGUGUUAGGGUGAUAAAACUGCAGUGAGGUGUUGGGGUUCUCUCAGGUACUGUGUGGCCCAGCUCACACUGACUGCUGAGUCUCCCGAACAUGAGUUCUAUGGAUUUUCACACACACAGCUUGCCAUCAUGGACCGCCAGCCCAGGGUGGCCGUGUGGGAGAGCUGGGAGAGCUGGGAGAGCAGGGAGAGCUGCUGGGUCUGGACGCCGAUAGGGUGAAACAUGCAGUAAGGCCGCUGCCAGGAAGAAGUCACACUACACAGUUCUCCCCACCCUUCAGCUGGUAUCUUCUGGGCGCUCCUCCCCAGGAGACAGUUACACUUGCUCUCCACAUGGCCAAGAGGUCUCUGCAGUGUUGAUCAAAAUCAGUUUGCCCAGUAGUCAGGCCAGAAUCCUGCUGAAACUCCGUCCUAUGGAAAUCAGGCAUCUAGCUGGAUACAGUCGGCAGGCGCAGCCCCACGGCCCUGUGGGACUUACUCCCCAUAGCAGUUGGCACCAUGGGGCUUAUUCCCGUUGCAGCUGGCACCGUGUGUCUUUUGCAUCCCCGUGGUGCUUGGUGCUUCUGCCCGUCUGGGCUCAUUGAGAGUAGGGAUGCAGGCUUGAUUUUUAGGGACUCUAAGAAGGCCCGCCACUCCCUGUGCAUGUGAGCUGUUACUAUAGUCACGUGAUUGGCACUUUUACAAACCUCCCCGUGCUUCUAUAUUCCAUUGUCUGUUACACUUUUAAGUGGCCCCAGCAGAUUCUGCAGAGUUUUCCCAAUGAUGUUGCUGUUGGUAGAACUGCCCCCAAAAGUCUAGUUAUAUCUAGAAACAGAUUCUUAAAAGACUAGAACUGGAAAGGGCUCUCAGAUCUGCUCCAACCACCUCCUCUGAGUAAGGUAAAAGCUACGAUCCAGAACGAUGCCCCAAUGAUCAAGGUCACUAGGCAUUUGCCAAUGCCACCUUCUUUUGAUUCUUCUCAGGAGAUUGUCUCUCCUCUUCUUCUGGGCUAAUCUUCCAUCUUUGGGGGUUAUAGGAGAGGGACUUUUCCAUGUGGACUAAGAAGAUAUUCCAUGCCUCUGGAUGAAAAGGUGGUUAUCUAGAGGGUUGGAGUCAUAGGGAGGUGGUUAACUGCAAAGCCAGAAAGGCCAUUUCCUUGUCCCAGCUAAUGGAAGUCUCAAAGGGACUGCAGAGGUGUCGUAAGCAUUGUAGUCAUCAUGGGGAUAAGUGGAACCCCCCCAGUGACCACCUGGGUAGCGUGGCACUCACUUGAAUGUAUGUAUUCUGUCUUCUAGGUGUCGGGGCACACACAUGUGCAGUUAGAAAUCAUACAUGGAGCUCUUUCCAUUCACCCCAUUUCAGUUGAGAUUCCUCCAGGCUGCUCGGGGCUUCUCAGUGCCCAGACCAUAGAGCUGGCACUGGUCUGGGGCGGACAGGGAGGGAAACGUUGAUUCGUGCCACCUCACAGAUUCCUUUUUCAUCUUGGUAAAUAUUAUUGGAAGGCUAGUCUCAUUGGUAGUAGCAAAGAUGCUUAUUUUUCCACUCGCCACCUUUUUCUAUCUCUCCCAAUAGUUUUAAAAACGCUUUUCAGUUGGAGCUGAUUUGGGGGCUUUGGAAGAAAGAGAAAUAUUUUUAAUAGACAAAGAUAUAUAUUUUAAAUAUUCCCCUAAGUAAGACUUUCAUUUUAAGAAAUAGCAGUAGCAACAGGCUUUAGCUUCAGGUUCAGGGUGGAAAGCUACUCCUGUUACGCAAAUAUUCCCACUGCUGGGUUCAGCUUACUGGCUUCCCCGGGCACCUGCGUGGUGACGCUUAGAAUGGUUCGGACAGUAGUUUUCAUAUUUUUUGCUAAGCAGUCGUUUUUCAAGUACAGAUAAAGAAAUCCAGGCUGAAGAAGAACAAAGCUUAAUCUUUAAGAUGUUGGAGGAGGAAAGAGAAAACCACUGCAGUAUUAUGUCUUUUAAAAUGCUUCCCAUACUUAAUACCUGAAACAAAGAAGUUUCUCUUUCUGGACUAUCUUCCUCUCCAGUUGCUUGUGAAGUUGAUCACAAAUGGAGUUGGUGACAGGAAUUCUUCGGAGAAAAAGGCAAGGAAGGCGAACAGGAUGAUGAGGGGGUGUGAGCUAGAAUGAGAGAAACACUUUCACCAAGCCAACAUAGUUUUCAGAAGUCAGUGGACUCUAAUUUCCCCUAUUUCCUUUGUUUUACUAACUUGGUUCCUUUUGUAUACGCAUUGUCGUUUUGGUUUGUUUCUUCUGAUUAACGGGGACAUUAUGCGAGGUUGGAGGAUGGAGGUUAUUCUGAUAGGUAACCCGGGAAAUGUGGGUUCUUACGGGGUGGGGGUCACGCUCUGUCCUUGUUUCGCCGAGUGGGGACCUGCUGGAAGAAGUCUCCCGGGUCUCGCUGGGGCCGUGUCAGAUCAGGGACCAGCCUCCAGCCUCUCUCCUAGAAUUGCCUCCUUUUUUAAAAAAUGAACUCUUCCAAUUGAGGCUUCCUGGGAAAACUUUUCGCAAGUGGCUUCAUUUUGGGUUGUUUGUUUGUUUGUUUGUUUGUUUUUUUAAUUAUCUUUAAAGUUUCAGUUCUUUGCCUGGAGGACGCACUGGUGAUGAAUACCUUCUCGCUGUGUCUUUUUGGUUGUUGGGGUUCACGUUCCCUAAAGGGAAAAAAAAAAUGCCCUUAAGAGAUUAAAGCUGCUCGAUUCAUUGCUGUGUGAUUCCACAUGAACAAACUGCUACUCCAAGAAGCCGUGGCUGCGCCUGCCUGCCUGGCGACCCGCCCACCCGGGCCCGCUCUCCGCCCUCCCCGUUCCAUUUGACAGGCGUUUCCUGAGCUUCGGACUUGUGCCAACCUGUGCUGGGCCACAGAGAAACACAGAAUAAAAGGACAGGCCUCCCUCUUGAGCCCGUGUCCAAGGGGGUGUAUUUGAAUGUAUGUGCGGCCAGUUUGUUAAUGGUCUUAAGGACUGUUCUUUCCUAGGGAGCCUCUCGGACCGUCCCCCUCCUGGACAUGUCCACGCCCCAGCAGGCGCCUUGACCAUUCUAGAUACCCUGUCAGUAUUUGGGAGUGUGGGUGCAACCCUGCUUUCCAUUUCCUCAGCCAUCCGAAGACACAAACUCUCUCCAGUGUCUGUAGUUCGAGAACGUCUCUCUCGGAGCUGCUUUUAGCCUGAGUCCCAAGACACGAGGCAGGUUCACGGCUCCCUCACAGGUUAUGAGAAGGCCCCUAGUCAGCCCCUGGUGGCCUCACCUCCUCCCCAGACACCUUCCCAGACAGAAGUGGUACAGCAUAGGCUUCCUGUCUUUGUCUUGCCUGAUUUUGCAUUGGGAUGGGAGGUCCUCGGGAGGGAAAGGACAGAAUUAAAGGCUGGAGAUAAUAAAAGUGCUGCGGCUGGAGUGGGCGUGGAAUCAUCCCGGGUACUUCCUCUUCCCCUUGUUUUAGGCAGGCCCGCAUGUGCUCUUCCUCUUGAACCUUAGCCCCAGCCCCUCUUUUUUUUAAGAAUCGAAGAACAAGGGCCCAGAGCAGUAGUAUAACACAUAGGGCAUUUGCCUCGCACCAGGAUGAACCAGGUUUGAUCUCUGGCAUCCCAUAUGGUCCCCUGAACCUGCCAGGAGUGACCCCUGAGUUCAGAGCCAGGAGCACCCCGCAUGUGCCCCCGACCAAAAACAAAAAUUGAGGAACAAGAGUUCCUCCAAUGCCCUGUGCCCUCUUUUUGACUGAUUUUCAACAGUCCAAAUAAACUCAGUCUUUUGUAUGUACAUAUACAUAUAUACAAACACAACAUUCUGCUUGCUAAUGAGUGGGAAACCUAAAUGUUUUAAGAGGACUUUUUUUAUAUUAUUUUUUGGAUUUUGGCCACACCCAGCAGUGCUCAGGGCUUACUCCUGGUGAGGUGUGGGGGACCAUGUUCAGAGCUGGGGAUUGAGCUUGGAUCAGCUGCAUGCAACACAAGCACCUUACCUCUGUCCUGCAUCUCCAGCGAGCUGCUGGGUGUUUUUUUUUUUUUAAUCAGGCUUUUCUUCCUGAUUUUUUUCCCACAUAAUUAAAAUAACUCUAUGUCCCCUUAAUACAUUCCUGGAGGAAACAUGUCAUGUGAAUAAACAAAGACUCUUGGGAAGUGACAGAUUUUUAUUGGUGUAUCCACAUUUAUAAGUACCACUGCCAGCCAGCCAACUCGGUUUUUCUUUGAAAAUUGCAACCCCUAGAGGACUGGAAUCUUUCUCCGCCAGCCUGUUGGUCACCUGUUUAGAGUGUUAAACUUUAGGCCUCAAUUUAUAACUGAGCAUAACUGCCUAUGAAUUCUUGUGACCAUAGCAAAGCAGGAUUGCUUUUCUUGUGUGUGGGGGGCAGGGCUUAGUAGGGAGUAGAAAGGGCUGAAUAGAUGUUCCUCCAAAGAUCUGGAAAUGCAUGUCCCCACACCAUCUCUCCGAAGAAGACUGUUCCGCAGGGAGGGACAUGGCAGACAUGCAGGGGUCCUUCAUUUGGCUGAGGGAAAAGUGCCAAGGCUGAAUGUUACACUGUUCUAUGUAUUAUCAGUAUUUUUUCCUAAGAAAAAAAAAAAACCACACACUUUGUGAGUACAUGCUUCCUUAAUGCGUUGGCAGUGUGGGGGCAGCGAGGGGUGUUGUAAGUCAAAAACCAGCUGGACAAAGUCAGGGUACAGCCAAGAUCAGCCAUUCUCAGCUGCAGCGGGCACAACCUCCAGAUGGGCCCUGCCUGUCCUCCAAGCAGGGCCACCAGUGGCCUCAGGGCCAUGUGUGGGGUCAACCCUAAGCUGACAGCUGAGCAUUGAGAGUCCUAGUAUGAGAAAGGAGAACGAGGGGAAAUGGUGGGAAUGCAGCCAGGUGGUCUUUCUCCACACUCAUUUGUCCCCAGGGCCUUCCACCCCCCUUCAUGCCAGAGACAGAUGUGUUGGUGUGAAGGUUUCGUUCUAUUGCUGUCUCCACUAGGGUGGGUAAAGGGCCUGGAUCCUGGUAGGCUGCCCCCAACCCCAUCAUACCUGCCCAACUGCUUCGUCUCGGCAUCAUCAAGAAACAUUUUGACAAAGAGGACUGAGAACAGGGCAUGCCCCCUCAAGGGUUCUUCUGCCAAUAGGAAAUGGCCCAGAAUCAACUGGGAUCGUGUGUCGUUUAAACAGUACCAAAAUGCAUUCUUUAAUGUCUAUUUGCCUGCUUGAGGACAGGCCCACGUUGCAAAUACAGUAAAACUAACUCAUGAAU